AUGCCGGACAGCGAACUACCAUUUCGGCCGCGGUCAGGAUCGCGAAGACUUGGAGUUGGAGGUUUACCAACUCCGUCAACGACUGAGAGCUCUGGUGGCUCUGGUGGCUCAGAUGAGCCACUCAUUGAAGUGCAGACCGCUAGGUAUCGUGCGGCUUGGCCCAAACUACGACGCACUCCUCUGGAGCUUUCUGCCGAUGCUAAGCUUCCUUUGUUCAUCCAACCCUUUGUUCAGCAGAUCAUAGAACAAGCUCGUUCGAUUCUUAAAAGUCACCAAGUGACAGACGACGAUGAAGAGUCCGAUGGAUGGGUCGACAUCAAUCUAGCCAAUGUCGAAACGGUUGGAGAUCCCCAAACACGUAUCCCAACACUAAUGGUUUGCGCAUCUUGGACGAAGGAGAAUCAAGCCAGCUGGGUGAAAGCCGUACACGACAUCGGGGUGUACCUGCACAAGGUUUCUGUGGCCGGAAACUUUGAUCAUGGUCUGAUUCAGAUUGAUAUCAUCGCACCUAACCUCACUCAGACGAUUUACUACGGACCAGUGAGCGACAAACGAUACCACUCCUGGGAUACCAUCAACAACCUUGUGCACCAACGCCUGGAGAGCUUCGAAGCUACCAAGGGCCAUACGACUCUGAUAGGCCUAUUUCACUACGGUCGCUCCAUCUGCAUUCCUGACAACCCCGUCACUGUAUACAUUGCGGUGGACUUCGAGUCUGAUGAGACACAAUGGCUUGGGGUUAUUGCUGACAUCGAGCGCAACAUACACAGCCGUGGAUGGACUGGCGUUCAAGUCCACAUGGAGCACAAUGUCGGCAUGGACCAUUCUUUUCCUUUGCUGACACCAAAAGGCAACAAGGCAACGAUCAGAAAAGAAGGCGUCGCCAUGAACAAGCGUAUUAAAGGCGACUAUCAGCAGUUCGUCAACUUAGGGGCUGAUUUUGGACCUGCGGCCGACAUCAAACGUACCGACAAUGUCGACAUGAACCCCGGAGCCGCGACCUUGGGAUGUUACGUUGAACUCAAGACAAUAAGAAACCCAGACUGGACGAAAUACGCCCUCACCAACUACCACGCAGUUCGACCUGCCUUUGAUGGCUAUUGUCGUAAACCCGGAGUUUUGGGUUCGGAACUUACUGAGCCAAGACAGAACAGUGACCUUCGAAAGGUUGACCGGUAUGGUUUUAGCCCCAUCUCAAAGGUCCCGUCCAUUGCCCUCGAAAGUCCCUCUCGAGCCAAGCACAACUUCACCAUCUGGACUAUUGACGAGAAUAUCACCCGAUUGACAAUUGACAACGUCCGACUCGAGGCUCAACGUCGGGCGGGCAAUAAUGACCAACUCCAGCCAUCGAUCGAUGAAAACAAGCGCAGGAUUCAGGAAGCGAAGAAUGAGAAACAAAAGAAGGUUGAGUUCUUUAACAAUGGGAAACACAUGCUUGGGAAAGUGUUUGCAGGCUCUGGUUUCUUUCGCAGGGCCCCUGGUAAUAUGAGACUUGACUGGGCAUUGAUCAGUGUCGAUGUCAAUCGACAAGGUUCUAAUCGCCUACCAACCAGAGACGUCUGGGAUAGCAAGUACUCGGAUCAUAUCCCUACACCAUACGGUUCACUCGGAUCCAUUCUUGAAGAUCAAUCUACCACUAUUGGCCCUGGUAAUCCGGAACAUGUCUGGAAAGUCGGUGCUACUACUGGGCCUACAACAGCAACGUACGACAAACACACUGUCAGAGCCCGCCUGUCUGACGACGUUUACCUCAAGAACGAGAUAAAGAACUACCUGUCGACCGAGUACAUCUUUCAGUCACACGAAGGGGUCAAGUUCUGUGCUCCGGGGGACUCAGGUUCAGCUGUCUGGGACGAGAACGGAGGAAUUGUUGGUUUAUUCUUUAGGGGGCAUUCAAUCAACAAGUCCUUCGAUGAUGGUUUUGGGUUGGUAACACCAAUUGAGCUUGUUUUCGAGGACAUCAAGAAGUUUUCAAAGGGAACAAUCACAGAGAUCAGGGUCGCAAAGAGUUAG